GCGGGAGCCGCCAUGGAGCCGCUCCGGCCUUGGCUCGUCCCGUUCCUGCUGCCCGAGCACUGCUUCGACCGAUUUUUCCUCCACUUCCAGCUGCUCGAUGUUCCGUGCCUAAAAAUCCUCCUGAGCAAAGUUCUGGGCUAUGGAAUCGUGGCAGGAUCCGUCCUGGUGAAGGUGCCCCAGCUGCUGAAGGUUUGGGGGUCCCGCAGUGGGGGGGGGCUCAGCCUCCCCUCGGUGCUGCUGGAGCUGCUGGCCCUGGGGGGCUCCGUGGGCUACGGCUGCGCCAGGGGCUUCCCCUUCAGCGCCUGGGGGGAGUCGCUCUUCCUCCUCCUGCAGACCCUCACCCUCCUCUUCCUCAUCCUGCACUUCGGGGGCCGCACGGGCCGAGGGCUGGCGCUCGUGGCCGUUUUUGGGGCGUUUUUGGGGAUUUUGGUGUCACCUCUGACCCCGCUGAGCUUCGUCACCGCCCUGCAGGCCCUGAACCUGCCCAUCAUCAUCCUCAGCAGGCUGAUCCAGAUCGUCACCAACGCCCGGCAGGGCCACACGGGGCAGCUCUCGGGGGUCUCCACCGGGCUCCUGUUUGGGGGGGCCCUGGCCCGGAUCUUCACCUCCCUCACGGAAACCGGGGAUCUCCUCUUGGCCUCGACCUUCGCGGCCUCGGCCACCUGCAACGGGGUCCUGCUGGCCCAGGUGCUGCUCCUGGGGGGCUCCCGGGACCCCCACCCCAAAAAGGAGUGACCCCAAAAUUCCCUGCACCCCAAAAAACCCCAAAAUCCCCCCAAAAAUCGCC